AUGAUUCCGGGAAGAACCACAGAGGUUUCUAGAAUACACACAGGUGAGAAGCCUUACCACUGCUCCCAGUGUGGCAAGUGUUUUAAACAGUUAGGGAACCUGAAAGAACACGAGAGAAUACACACAGGUGAGAAGCCUUACCACUGCUCCCAGUGCGGAAAGAGUAUUAACGAUUUAGGGAACCUGAAAAAACAUGAGAGAAUACACACAGGGGAGAGGCCUUACCACUGCUCCCAGUGCGGAAAGAGUUUUAACGAUUUAGGGAAUCUGAAACGGCACGAGAGAAUACACACAAGGGAGAAGCCUUACCACUGCUCCCAGUGUGGCAAGUGUUUUAAACAGUUAGGGAACCUGAAAGAACACGAGAGAAUACACACAGGUGAGAAGCCUUACCACUGCUCCCAGUGUGGAAAGGGUUUCAGCCAGCCGGCGAAUCUGAAACGGCAUGAGAGAAUGCACACAGGGGAGAAGCCUUACCACUGCUCCCAGUGUGUAAAGUGUUUCAACCAGCUGGGGGAGCUGAAAUGGCAUGAGAGAAUACACACAGGGGAGAAGCCUUACCACUGCUCCCAGUGUGGAAAGAGUUUUAACAAUUUAGGGAACCUGAAAAAACAUGAGAAAAUACACACAGGGGAGAAGCCUUACCACUGCUCCCAGUGC